AUGCCAGCCUUUGACAUCCGGAAACCCCCAUUUCAUCGCAAGACACCCCCAACUUACCAUUCUCAUCGAAAACUAUUGCCUGCGCUAUGGCAUCAAAUGCAGCCCCUGAUUCCGCAAGUGCAAUGCCUCGACGAAGAAAGAGAAGGGAUCUUAGCAGAAAGGGUGAGGCAAAGAGAUUCGUUUGCUCAAAUGAUGGAUGUGGACGGUCUUUUACGAGAGGAGAGCACUUGCAAAGGCAUCUGUUGA